UGAAGGCAGUGGACUGCACUUGAUGACCUUUCAAGGUCCCUUCCAGUUCUAUGAGAUAGGUAUAUCUCUGUAUAUUACUUGGGGUGGGCUGGAGAAAUGGCUUUGUUAAUUUAGAUCUCUGAUUGGAAUGAAUUAAACAGAAUUAGCCAUAUAGAAUUAAGCCAUCACCAUGAGCUAAAACAACAGUGACAGCUAAUGCACAUAGCUAAGGCUUCCUCUAUCCACAUACAAUGAUGGGUUCAAUCCCAUUGGGAAAUAGAAAGAACCUAUUUGAAUGUGUUGGUGAAAUGCUAAAUGCUGUUGUUGGUUUGUCAGCUGGAACUCAGAGGGAUGUUUCUAACUUGUUGGAGAUGAGUAUCCUCUAGCGCUCUGAGAUUAUAGGAUUAAUGAGUAUCAAUACUUAAGAUGACUCAUGAGCAGGGGCUUCCUGAAGUGAAUAAAUUUACAUAAAUUUCCCAAGGUCUGUUGGAAUAACAAAUAGUUCCAGGGAAUUUUCCCUUCUUUAAUAACUGACGGUAAAAUCCUGAACUCACUGAAAUCAGUGGGAAUUUUCCAUUGACCUCAGUAGGGCCAGGAUUUCAUGUGGAGAGUUUGGGAACUCCUCGGUAUUUCUAUUUUUAUUGAAAACGAGAAAGUGCUUGGAAAGCCUCCAAACCUGGGAUUUGGUGACCAGGGCAAGGGAAUUCUCCAUAUCGGUAGUUCACUAACUUUAGAUUUUUGUAUUUACCCUUUACAAAUAUUUAGCUCUAGCCCAGAUUCUGCUCUCAGUUAUCCCAGUGUAAAUCUAGAGUAAAUUUCUGGAUAACUGAGCGAAGAAUCUGGCCAUUUGUUAGAGUACAUAAUCUUCACCACCACCCAAAGCUGCAAAGUUAAAGCACUGACAUAAAGGUGAGUGCACAAAUCUAGGCUGACUACACAGAGCCUUCCUUUAUGUACGCAGAUGGCCCUGAGGCAGUUGUCUACUUAGCUGCUAGGGAGUUAAUUGCAACUGAUUUUACUAUAAUUACCAUACGAAUCAAGAACAGGUAAUACUGCAGUAAUCCCAUUACUACAAGAUAUACAGUUGACUGCAUCCCGUGAGGAAGUAGAAAAAGCAAAUAUGGUAAAAUAAUCUGAAUUUUAUCCAAUUUUUUAAAAAUAAGGGUCAGAUCCUCCACUGGUAUCAACAGGCAUAGUUCCAUUGAACUUAAUACAGCUACAUCAAGUUACAGUGAUGUUUAAUCAUUUAAAAUACUUAAUUUUAAGGGUGUGCAAGGGCACUUUCAGAUUUCACAAGAGCAAAAGAAUAAAAUAUACUUCAAAUUUUGCAUUAUUCCUUCCCUCCAAUUCUACCUUUGGCUUGAUACCUCUGAGCAUAUAUAGCUCUUUACACUUGAGCCAACUUUUAUUACAAACUGCUUUGCAGGAAUUUAUCUUUUGAUUUGAACAAUUUUGGGCCAGAUUCUAAUCUUGCUCAGUCACUCCCAUGUAAAUCUAGGCAUCCAUUGGAGUUACUUUGGAUUUACACAGGAGUAACUGAAGCCAGGAUCUGGCCCAUUCCUUCCAAGCUCGAAUAUAGCGGUAUAGCUCUUAGUAUGAGAGAAUCAUUUAUUUUGUGUCUUUUUACAAUUUUAAAAUUUAAAACCUCUUCAAUUGCCAUUUUUUCCUUCUAUGGGUCCUUCUCCUUUCCUCCCUCCCACCCCAAUACUAUCCUCACACACCCUGCCAUGCUUGAAGGAUUCACAAUGCCAUUUUACUUUGCAGAAAAAUCCUGAAAAUGGACUUGCAUAAUAAGAUAGAAUCUAAAAAACAUACAUCCAUUUAAAAAUUGACUAAAUAUAGAUGCAUUCACUUAGGAUCUGAGCCUGCAUUGCUUGAUUUCAAUGGAAGUUUGGAUUGCUCAAGGAAUACACAAUCAGUCCUUAUAAAGUAGACAGUAACCGUUCUCUUGCAACCAUUAUGAGCUACAGUGUCAACUCGCACACCUUUCCAUGAGACUCUAAAAUAAAUCUAUAAAUGUGUGUGUAUACAUAUAUGUACACAUACAUAAAUAGUGUAAGAAUGUCAUCUCAACCUAUGCAAAAAAUAUACAGGGAUUGGUUCAUAGUUAUGAAAAUGCAGCUCUCUUCUGUCAAAUCUGUUUGGCUUGUUAAGAUUAUUGAAAGACUAUUCAAUGUUUUUAUUUUGUUCCUUUUCAGCAAAAUGAUGCUCCAAAACCCAGGCCAGGUAUCUGCAUCAGAAGUCAGCGCCUCCGCAAUUGUUCCCUGUUUGUCUCCUACAGCGUCACUGGGGUUUGAGGAUUUCACAAAUCUAACCCCACUGGUGAAGGAGGAAUUGAGAUUUGCCAUCCAAAAUAAGUGCCUAUCCCACAGGAUGUCUUCCACAUUGGAUACAGUGACAGUGUUGGAAAGACCUGUUGAAAUGUCUGUUCUGAAAGCAGAGUUUUCGCCCCAAGAAGAUGAAAGGAAAAAGAGAAGAAGGGAAAGGAACAAAAUUGCAGCUGCAAAAUGCCGAAACAAAAAGAAGGAGAAAACAGAAUGUUUGCAGAAAGAAUCAGAAAAGUUGGAAACUAUCAACGCAGAACUAAAGGCCCAGAUUGAAGAGCUAAAGAAUGAGAAGCAGCAUUUGAUAUACAUGCUCAAUCUCCACAGGCCCACUUGCAUAGUUCGAGCACAGAACGGGAGAACACCCGAGGAUGAAAGAAACCUCUUUAUUCAACAGAUCAAAGAAGGAACAUUGCAGGGUUAAGGCAAACCAAGAGUUCUCAUAGUGCAUCUUUACACCAAAAAAACAGAAACCAUCGAGGAUUUGACUCAAUGUGUAUCUGUAGGAUCCUAUUAGUCUAGAACCGUUAGGCAGGGGAGAUUGCUUUGUUAAGCAGGAAGGAUCAUGUUGGCUUAGCUGUGAUUCUUCCUCUCCAAAGAUGUGGUCUCGAUCAAGUCGAAGAGUCCUUUGCCUCAACUCUAGGUUUUAGUACUUGUCAUACUUGCUGUUCCUAGAAGCUACAGACAACAGCUCCGGAAGUUUUAGGUCUCUGUAGUGUACAGUGCCUGCACUCAUGAUGUUUGUGUUAGAACACUAUGACUUCCAAUGAUGCACAUCGUACCGACAGCUGUGCUGGAUGGACACUAUCUUUCCUUGUUGCUGGUAGGGAAAGCACACUGAGAGUGUUUUUAAAGUUUUGCAAUGUUUCCAGAAUGAUGCUUUCUGGCAGAAUGUGUUGCUAUGUGAUGGGACAUACUGUAGUCUAACCUAAUGCUGCAAAGACUUUCGUUUCAAACUAAGCAUUGUACUUUUUUUUUUUUCACAACACUUGUGUGGGUUUUUUAUGACUCAGCGGCAGAUUCUGAGAAGUCUGAGAGAUGUGACAAGUGUCAGUUUCUUGCCAAAUGUCCGUGUAACUAAGUUUGCAUUUACUGAACUGGAACCUCACUCACUGUUCUUCAGGAAUUGCAAUUUUGCAUGAAAAAUAGGAAAGCACCUUGGCCUUUGCGCACCCAAAGUAUAAUGUCUCAUAUGUGUGAUAUUUCAAAGAACUUUAUGGAAACAAAAUUACACAGUAAAAAUAGACUUGAAAAAUCUAAUGAUUCCCUAAUGUCUUGGGUUCUGAGCAUGCAAUCUUUAUUCAGGCAAAACUCCCAUUUAUCAUUCAUUCUGGGUGAAAUUCACCCCGUGCAGAGGGCAGGUGCAAGGGCUAUACAUCAUGUAAGCCCUAUUUUGAUGCUAUAAAUGUAAUUUAAAUAAUGCAUCCACCUUAUGCUGGCCCUCUGCACAUGGGUGAAUUGCACUUUUUGGGAAGAGGGAACUAACCACGAAGGGACUUCAAUAAGACUUUUGCUUGAGUAAGGAUUGCAGGAUUGAACCCCAAGUUUGUGAAUCACAGAAAAUAGAAAUGGAAAAGACUUACUACAUUAGAUCACACAGGGGCUGAUUCUGCACACCUUUACUCAAAUUAGUAAUCCUGUUCACACAAGUAGUCCCACACGUAGCUCUUAUUCAUGUGAGCAAUGGUUUGAAGUCUCUCACCCUGUCAGGAUUAUUUCUUAUUGCCAGAUGAUUUAUACAGGGGAAAGAAUUCUGACUGUAGUAAUUUUUCUUUCACAUUUGAGUGGUAACUGCAGCCAACCAAAAUGCUGUUUAGAAUCCAAGAAUAGCCUAGAACUUGGUGAUGUAGUGAGUAACUAUUUUUUACUUUUUUAAAAAUCUAACCUUAGAUGUUUUGAACUAUUAGUUGAGCUGCUGGACUAAAGAGCUAGAGUUAUGAGUGUUUAAAUUCUGAUGUUUCUGUGAAAUCCUCAGAUUGUUUAAUCCUAUUAAAUAUUAUCAUUACAGUUUUCUGUAAAAGAAAAUAUUAUCCUUAUUUAUCACUAAUAUUCCUAAGAAGUUGAAAUAAUAAAUAUUGCAAACAAGAAAAAACUGAAAACACAAGUGUUGUACUGUUUUUUAUUUUUACUUUUUGGUGUCUAAUAUUAUAUAUUUCUAAACUUCAACGCUUCUAUUUGGGACACCACUAUUUAAAAAGUAUAAGUGCCUGAUUCUUGCUUCUCAUGAGGUGUUCAUCAUCUUGCAGGAUUGGGUUCAGAGAUUUCAUAUCUCAAUCAGUGGUGUCUAAUUGCUUAAUAAUGCAUUUUAAAUGAAAUAAAUCAUAAAAAUGGAGCUUACAGUACAUAAUAUUUUACACCAGUUCUGCAGUGUUAAAAAUACAAUUUCAAUCUAAAGGCUAAACCAAUAGAUACCUCAACCAUCAGCUUCUUACUUUACAAGCCCCAAAUGGGUAAACCAGAUAUCAUACCAGAUCCCUUUUUAUUUUUAUAUUCUGCAACAGAACUUCUUAAUACACUUUCCUAAGAUCUGGAUAUAUUGUAAUGUCCUAUAUCAUGUUUCAGAUAUGUACUUCAAGCACCUGAAAGGUGAAUGUAUAAAAUACAACAUAUUGGGCCACAUUCAGUCCCGGGGACCAAGUCUCUCGUUGCAGAUUAUAUGGAACUCCCAAUGACUUCAAUGAGAGUUUCUCAGAUCCUGUGGUUGGAGAACAGAGUCCCCUCAUGCAAUUCCACUGGCUUAACUGGAGUUACACAAUGGAUAAAUUUGGCCCAUUGUUUGUCUGACACAGGAAAUACAUAGAACGUGUUUCAAUAACCUUGUCAAAUGAAUUUUCAUUAGCAUUUGACUUCUGUAAUAUAGAAGCAGUAGAUCUAAGCAUAAUCCAGAUACCAAACUCCUUGGCUUUGUCCUUUGUGCAACAAAUAUCAGCAAAGGCAAAAUAAAAAAAAAGUUUGUCCCUUAUGCUGUUAUAAGGUAUUAGUACAGGGACUGGCUUCAUUUACUGUUCAACAUAAUCACAAAAUUCAUGUCUCUUCUUUAGGAAUUUUGUACAGUUGCUAUUAACUGUAUUACUGGUGACGCAGGCGUCAUGCAUUUGCUACUUGAGUUAAACAUAAAUGUUAUUUACUAGCAUGCCAAAUGUUAAUGUGGUAUCACUACUUUUGUCAGAAGGUAUUCUGUUUUUAUUUCUAUCUGUUCAGUCAUUGCUGCUUUGCACUGUGAGUGUGUGU